CGGGGGCCUGCGAAGAGCGGCUGGUGAACGGCGAGUACUUGGGCUGUCAGAACCGCACGCGGGGCGGACUGCGCUGCCAAGUGUGGGGCCGGCAGCAGCCGCACCGCCACUUGCUGCAGCAGCAGCAGCAGCAGCAGCAGUUCCACAACUUCUGCAGAAACCCCAACAAAGAAAACCACAUUUGGUGCUUCACGCAGGACCCCGACGUCCGCUCCGACGUCUGCGACCCCCUCGGGGUGAGCCGGGUGUACGUACAGCCGGGCAGCACUGUCUCCAUCGAGUUCGCGGGGAAGGGACUGUCUCCUUACAAGGCCGUGCGGCUGUUUCAGGAGGAGACAGGAGACUCUUCGGACCCCGCAGCAGCAGCAGCAGCAGCAGCAGCAGCAGCAGCAGCAGCAGCAGGGGGGGGGGCGGUGUGUGGGGCCCCACAGCUGCGGCUGGCCCGCGGGGUGUACGUACCCAGCGACGAGUGGGGAGUCCCCACGGAGACCCCCGAGAGUCUCCUCGAAGAGGGCCUCGUCCAAACCCUAAUUUGGAGACACUUCGAAAUCGGAGACACUUCUCGAGGGUCUCUUUUGAUUUGCAUUUGCGACUUCGAGUUUGUUGCAAACGGAGACUUCUCUCAAAACGGCACUUGCACGCAGCCCCAGGACUUCAACAUCCACGCCGGAAGACUCACUGGUUUGUGGUUUGCAGGGCCGAUUCCGUCGGAACUGAAGGUGCUGCCAACGUACGAAACGGGGAGUCCCUUCGCGCUGUCCCUCGCAGGUGUGGGGUUUGGAAAAGGAGACAGAAUAGACAUCUUCAGAGGAGGAGACAGCAGCAAGUGUCUCCUUCGGCACUUGGGGCAGACCCUGCGGGCCCUGGAGGGGCACUUGGGGCCCCGGGGGGCCCCCGGGGGGGCCCCCGGGGGGGCCCCCCGCGGCCUCGCGGGGGCCUGGCUCCGCGGGGCCUUUACCCUCGAAAAAAGUGUCUCCUUUGUCUCCUUUUCCGAAGGCCACAGCGACUACCUCGUGGGCCAAACGGAGACAGUCUCCUUGGGGACUUUGGAGGACUUUGUGGUUUGGUUUGACCUGUCGAAGCGGCUGGUGGUCCCCUACGCGGUCUCCGCCGCGGGAGCCAACGAGACUCUGUUUUCUUUGUUUGUGCUGCACGGAGGGUCUCCUUUGGAUUUGGAGACUGUCUCCUUUUGCCUCAAGGAGACUGCAGCAAAAGGAGACACUAAUGAAGCAGCAGCAAAAGGAGACACUCAGGAAGCAGCAGCAAAAGGCGACUCUAAGGAAGCAGCAGCAAAAGGAGACUCUAAGGAAGCAGCAGCAAAAGGAGACACAAAGGGGACUGCAGCAAAAGGAGACACAAAGGGGACUGCAGCAAAAGGAGACACUAAGGAGACACUUUGCCGAGGAGACACUUUGGCCGCUUCUGCUGCUGUCUCCAGCUUCCAGCAGCGCGCAGACCGCCAGGUCAUUCGCGCCAGCGGCUUGCUGCUGCGGCCAGGCCCCUCGCGAGCCCUCAGCAGCGGGACGGAGUUGGACGUUUGUUUGGAGACAAAAGGAGACACAAAAGGAGACAGCAAAGGAGACACAAAAGGAGACACUUUUGUCUUUCUGGGGAGAGCAGUGGUGGCGGAGUUUGGACUCUACGAGCCGUGGCAAGUCUCGGAGCUGGAGGGGGCCCCCGGGGGGGCCCCCUCGCAGCAGCAGGGGGCCCCCGGGGGGGCCCCCGGGGGGGCCCCCCUGGGGGCCCCCGGGGGGGCCCCCUCGCAGGAACAGGGGGCCCCCGGGGGGCCCCCCCUGAGCGUACACCCCAUGGUCGUCGGGAGGUACAGUCCCCUCGGGUACCACUGGCUGCAAGGAGACAGGAGAUGGGCCUUGUUGGACUUGGAAGAAGUUUUUAUUUCUGGACUUUUUGCAAAGACAAUAACUCUGGAGUUGUACAAAGAAGAGCUGCGGCUGCUGCUGUGGGGUGCUGCGGAUGUGUCUCCUUUGAAGUUGGGGACAGUUCGGAGACAGGGCUGGACUGCAGCAGCAGCAGACGUCACCUUCGAGCGCUGUCUCCUUUACGUCGCGGAGACAGUCCCUGCUGCUGCUGCUGCUGCUGCUGCUGCUGCUGCUGCUGCUGUCUCCAAGUACGAGUUCGGGGACGAGGGCCACCUGGGAGUGGACCUGCUGGUGCCGGGUUCUGUCUCCUCUUCGUGGUUUUCAGUGUCUCCUUCCGGAGUCUCCGGGGAGACUCUGGGUUUCGUGUUGCUGCCGUUUGUGGUGGAGACGGGAGAGACAGUCUCCUCUUUGGAGUCCGCGCGGCUGGCGGCCUUCCGCUGCAGUUUGGAGACAGUCUCCACGCAAAGUGUCUCCUUGCAGCAAACCGCCGUGGCCCCGGCCUUCACCUACGCCCAGAGCGACUUCUACAGCGUCGGAGACAGCCGCAGUUUGGAGCCAGUGGUGGCGGGAGGGACUGUCUCCUCUUCAGCUUUUAGGUCUUUUGUUUUAAAUCCGAAUUCCGCAAACUUUUCCUUUAUUAACUCCAUUGCUGCUGUCGAACCCCACAAGGGGACACUUGUGCUGCAGCUGUCUCCUUCUGAGGAGCCGCAGGUCGAAGUCGAAGUCCGCGGCCAGGGCCUCGUGAACUUCGUCUCCGCAACUGUCUCCUUUCGACUUGCAUGCAAAAACGGACAUUUUCUAAAACACGGAAUGUGUCCAAAGUGUCCCCUCGGGACUUUUAAUUCCGUCAGUUUAAUCAAACAGACUUUCGAGGCCAACGCACGCGCAUGCACGCAGUGUACGUACACCACAAGCACUGUCUCCGAAGGAUCCUCCAGCCCCGAACAGUGUCUCUGCAAAAAGGGACACUUCCCCAACCCGGACCCCCUCGCAGACGUCCCCUGUCUCCCCUGCCCCCCAGGGACGUGGAAAGACACGGUGUCGAACUCGGGGUGUAUGGGCAGCGGGUGUCCCGCCAACUCCAGCAGCAACGUCGUCGGAGCUGUCUCCGCAGCAGACAGGAAAUGCGCUUGCAACCCCGGCUACAUCUGGAGCAACAGCCUGCGCGGCUGCGUCUUAACUCCUCCGGGGAUGUUUUCUCCUGGGGGUUAUUUGGCAGCUGGUUUCGAGUGUCCCCUCAACACGACAACUGUCUCCGUGACCAGUGGUCCAUUUGCUGCAGUUGGAGACUGCGCAUGCAGUGUGGGGUUUGCGCCUGCGCGCGGGGAUCGUCUCCUCGAUCCCAGCUCCGCGGAGCACCGCUUCCGGAGCUGGAUACGAUCGAUCCCCGAGUUCGCGGGAGUCGGAGACUCCCAGAUAUGUGUCCCCUGCGGACCCCACAGCUUCAAGGAGACAGUUGGCGCAGCAGGCUGCAGCAGCUGCCCCGCUGCUGCCUACUGCAGCAGCAGCAGCAGCAGCAGCAAACGCAGCUGCAGCCGCUGCAGCCCCGGCUUCUACCCCACCGAAAACGAAGACAUCCCCUGCGGAAAGUGUCCCCUCAACAGCUUCUGUGUGGGGUCCAGUCCCCUCCAAGUGUCUCUUUUUCCCUUCAGAGACUCCAAACAAAAGUGUCCCUCCGAGGCCCUCACGCUGCCCCUCGACGCCCCCAACGACCACCCCCUCAAGUGCCUGUGA